GUGAGCGAACAACGUUGAUUCAACACUUCGUUUAUUUUUUUCGACACGUACGUUGAGGGAGGCGGCAUUUUUUUUCUUUUCUUACUUGGUUGCAACCGGUCUAUGAUUGCGUUCAGUUAAAUGGGCUCCUUUAACGUGUCAAGUCCUCAAAUUAUUGAAUGGUUUAUUCGUUCUUUCAUAUCUGAUCUUCUGUUAGAAAUUAAGUGAUAAUAUUUAUUGUUUUUUUUUCUAUUGUGUCGCCUUGAAAGCCUGAAGUAGGGAUGUGGAUAUAAGAAACCAAGAAAUGAGUUAGAAAAUUACGCGUUCGAGUUUGAGAAACGAAUGGCACCCGUUAUCAGUAAUGCAGCUUCAACAUUUGAUACUAAGCAGCUGAAUAGAAUAGUUGAUAUUCGUAAUGAGGACUCCAGAGCAUCGAGCUCCUUCCAGAGCAGGCAAGAACUUCGAGGUCGACAUGAAUAUGCAUUAUCUGGCCCCUGGAGCAUUUACGGUGUUACCUACAGACGCAGCCAGACUACCAGAUCCCCCUCCUGCUCCGGUGCCCUACAGCAAGGGACAGAAGAGAUUGACUCCAUCUACUCACCGCCACAAGCACCAAUCCUUUGCUAUCAUCGGUGAAGUCUCACCCAGCAAUCCUAAUUCUCGCAGUUCCUCUCCGACAGGACGAGUGAGUCCGUUCAAGGGACAUGGUUUCAAUCCAACUGGCUCACGUCACGCGAGUCCCAUUGGAUCACCUGUACCGCCUGAGGAUCCAAGGAGUACGAGCCCUAAUCCCAAUGGAACAAGAUCAUCAAAGACCGGUGCCACUAGGACAAGAAAAAAUUCUAAUAGUGGAGUAUUUGGCGAGAAAGUGUCUCAUCUACCGCCUAGAAAAUUCAACAGACAAUUGAGUCAAAGUUUGACUAACUUGGAAUCAAAAAAUGUUCCAAAACGGCUACCUCCUAGUCCUAGAAAAAGGGUACGUGGAUUUCAUGCAUUUCAAGAACUCUCACCCAUUUUAGGUUCUAGUCCCGAACCUAGUCAAUCAUUGUCUUCCCCAUCAAGAAUACCAAUAAAGAGUAAAAGUACACCACCCAGUAGGAUACACUCUCCUACCAGGAACGGUAGUAAACCACCAUCCAGGAGUCAAUCUAGAUCGAACUUAGGUUAUAAUAAGGAUUCAGGUGUGUCUCCAAGAAAACUUCCGUUAAAUAGAUACGAACAUAUACAGUCUAAAAUUAAUACUUUUCAUAAACCUAAAUUGUCGCCAAAACCACCUUUAUCUAGUAGUGAUGAAAAUGAAUCGCCGCAAAAACGAAUACCUCCACGAAGGAAUUCAAUAAAUAGAACUUCCUCUCGGCCAAAUUUGCUUCCAAAAACAUAUAUGGGUAAUAAAAAUCAAAAUUAUGUUAGUGAUAGUAGUGUUAGUAACGAACAAACAAACUCGAGUAAAUCAAAGACAACUUCCAGUAAGUCGGUCGGUCUUAAAGUGAACAGCAAAUCUAACGCGAACAUUUCGGGAAGUGUGGGCAAGCCUGCCUUAAAUAGUAAUACAAAAGCCAGUUUAAAUAACUCAUUAACAAAACCAAAUAAUUCCGUUUCUAUUAACAAUAAUAAGAAAGACAAAGAUGAAGUUCAACCAAUAUCAUCGUCGAGUAAUAUAAAUGAAAAAGGAAACAACAACAAAAAAGAAAAUGAAAAAACGUCUUCCGUUCGAGGCAGCAAAACUGAUCUACAAGAUGUAGUUAUUAGCGAAAUACCAGCAUCUACAGCAGCAGUUGUUUCCGGUACGACCACUACCGUUACUAAACCACUUAAGAUUGAUACUCCAACUUUUGAAAGAGCCAAAGCAGUAUCGCCAAUGAUUGACGGGAGGGUAUUGAGUGCAACAAGUGUUAGCAAUGCAAUUAACAAAAUGAAUGAUACUGUUCUAAAUACUAAAACGCUAAUUAAGGAUAGUGGUCUGAAUAACCGAAUAAGUUCUAUUUCUAAUGAUCUCACCAGUAACCUAAAUAAACCUGCUAAUGCCGAAAAUAAUAAUAGUGUACAUACUGAUAAUGGAAAUGGUGAAAAAAAGCAACAUGUUGUUGGACAAGUUGGCAAUAAGAUAAUAGAUUCAUCAACUAAAAAUAUAGCAACUGUUCCAAACGGCAAUAACAAGAAAGCUUCAAACUCAUCAUCGGAAGUUAUUACUGAUCGCUUAUUAACAGAGAAUAAUAUUAAAACUUCAGAUUCAAAUCAUCAACCAUUAAGUGUCUCUAAUAAUCACACUAAUAAUCACGUAGCGACGAUAGGAUUGGGAAAUGCGAAAGCGAUAGAAAUGGAAGUUCAGAAUAAUAUGAAUAAGUUAAUCGGAUCAAUGGAUUCGAGUUUGGGAGACUUGUCUAUGGCCAAGUUUGGGAAAAAUGACCGAAAUCGUGAGGCAAAAGCAUUGAUUGAAGACGAUGCUAAACCUAUAAAAAUAACGGUACGGGAGAAACCAUCAGAUUUAGAUGUGCAGAGUGGAAACGUUGGUCCCCAUUAUGGCAUUUCAAACGGAGUUAGCGAAAGACCGGGGUUACCUCCAGCCCAACCAAGUACUCCUCCCAAUGAACCAGCCAAACAAGACCCGCCUCCUAACAGGUGCAAGAGGAUACUACACUCUUGUUCUAAGGUUUUGACAUGUAAUCGAUGCAGGAGCUGCAAGAGAGUCCCUAAAGUAGUAAAGAGUAAUGAGGAAGUCCACACCACGGGAUGCUUUAAGUGCCUUAAGAAAUCAAAGAAGGAGCCCAAAAGGGAACAAAUUAGAAUUAACGUUGAAGAUGAAAGUGAGCAGACUAAAGCGAAAUUCUGGAAUAAGCUAAAUUGCUGCAAGAAGAACAGAGUAGGCGAUACGCAAAGUUGUUUCCCUAUUGGAAAACGAAAAGAAAGUUGGGUUGAGAGAAGUGCGGGAAGUUUCCUUGAAUCUGAAGUACAACCAAACAGGACUAAGUGUUGCUCGAAAGAUGGCUGCAAGAACUUUUGGAGGAAGAUUUUUUGUUGCUGCUGCAAGAAGAAGGAAGAGGUUCCUAUUCCUGCCACAAGAAAAGAAUCGAUGGUUAGUAGUAAGAAGAAGAGUUUAACGCCAACUUCCAUGCCACCACCGGAAGAUACCAAACCUAAAAUCGAUGCAAGUCUAGUUGAACAUACAUCCCAUAUGAAAGGAGCGAUUCCCGUAUUACCUGUAUGGUUGGCAUGGUUCUGUUGUUUUAUGAAUUGUAUUGGCCCCGGAACAGGAACGGUUUUAAGUGGACUGUUUUGUUUAUGCAUAGGAAAACCCCGAUUUUCGCAAAAAGAUGGACCUAAACCUCGAAUUGGAGCUUUCAUUAUAGAUAUUAUCAUAGGUUUCAGUCAAUUCUUUACAGUUUUAUUUUGUCUUGUUGGAUGGGGUUGGUCUAUAUGGUGGGGAGUUAUCAUGGUCAAAGUUGCAAAAAAACACAAAAAGUUCAAACAACUUGAGAAAUUUGAGGAACAAACCAGUAGACCGGCACUUUUGGCUGGAGAUCGAAAAAGAGAUGCCGAACGUGGAAAAAAAUAAGUUCUUAGCAUAGUAAAACAUUUAGAUCAUAUUGUAAAAUUUUGGACCAUUCAUGAAUGUAGAUACAGUAAAAUCUUAUACAAAAGAAGCUUUAAAUGAUUUAAUUCAUAUGAAUUGGCAUAGAGUGAGAUAUUUUGUAACGAAUAGGAAUUAAAAUGAAUGAAAAUAUCGCACAAAAUUCGCAGGUCGAAUAUAUUUUCAAUUUUUGUACUUACUUAGAUGUAAACAAAUUUAAAUUCUUAAACAUACCAUAUACAUAUAUAGAAAAGAAAAUUUAUAUCUUUUGUAAUACAUAGCAAUAUAGGUAUCAUUAAAAUGUAAAAUUGUAUAUAAUCCAAUAACGUUCAUUUUCUAUUGUUAUCUAUUAUUAGUAUCUAUAAAAAUAUCUUAUAAGAAAAUAACAUCAUUAUUAUUUGGAUUAAUUUUAAAGUAUUAUAUUUUAAUUUUAUAAAUCAAGCGUCAAUAUUCUAAAGUAGAGUGUUAGGAUUAAGUAUCCAUUUAUACAUUACGUUUAUUUAUAUAUAGACAAUUUAAAAUUUUAUAUGAAAGUUUAUUAUUAAGCAAAAUUGUUAUUUGACAAAAUUAAAUAGUUCUUAAAUUUGUUAUCGAUAUAUUUGGUGCUUCAUAACAAUUUUAAUACAAAAUGUAUCCUAUUUACAAAACAUGAUGUAUUUUUAAUGUAACCAGAAAUGGAUGUAUAUCUAUCAUAUGUGAUUAAGGUUUUCAUGGUUAUUAAAUAACCAUAUUAAAAUAUUUUUGAAAAAAUAAUAAAAUAUGAUUAUUUAUAUUCAUAAAAUGAAUGUAUCAAGAAUGACUAUCAGAUAUACACCUUUUGGCCAUUUCUGCAUUGAAUAUACUCAUUAAUUAAAUAU